AUUCCUCAGUAGUGCAAGGAUGGAAGAGACAUCAAAUCCUCACAACGUCUCAUUUCAUUUUGUCCCCAAAAGACGGUAAUUUUUUUUUUUAAAAAAAAGUCUAAUAAAAAAAACCCUUCCGUUGCCGGGACUUGAACCCGGGUCUCUCGGGUGAGAGCCGAGUAUCCUGACCAACUAGACUACAACGGAUUCGUUGUUACCACAAUCCUAACUAAUAAAUAUUUCUAUUUAAAAUUACUUUCCCUCCUUUUUUGUUUUUGCUAAAUUUUAGUUUUUUCUUCACUUAAUCUUCCUCACUCACACCCAGAAUUUCUCAGAACUUAUAAUGUUUGGCGAAAAUGUGGUGCAAUGGACAUCAAAAAUCCAAUCAUACUCGCAAAAAGGUUUGUUUAACAGAGCACUUUCUUUGUUCCUUAAUAUGCGAAGAGCUGGGGUUAAACCAAAUGAAGUUACAUUCUCAACCACCUUAACUGCUUGCGCUCAAUCAGUCCACAGAUCUUUCGGUUUAAGCUUGCAUAGUUUAAUUCUCAAGAAAGGGUAUCAGAAUCAGCUCUUUGUUUGUGGUGGGUUAAUCUCUAUGUACACUAGUUUUCGUCGAAUAGUCGAUGCCCGCCAUGUGUUUGAUGAAAUGCCUGACCGAGAUGAAGUGGUGUGUAAUUUGAUGAUUUCUAAGUAUGCGCAAAAUGGGUUUAGUAAUGAAGCUUGUAGGUUGUUUUGUGGGAUGGUUAAUGGGGGUGUUCAUUGGAGGGGUUUUGUGAGUGAUUUUAGUCUUGCUAGUGUUCUUAAUGCUUGUGCUAAUUUGGGUAGCUGUAGCUUUGGUGAGUCUGUUCAUUGUUAUGUGAUUAAGAUUGGUUUCGAUUCGAAUGUUUUUGUUGUUAGUUCUCUUGUUGGUAUGUAUUCAAGUUAUGAAGAGUUGGGUAGUGCGCGUGCUGUUUUUGAUCGAUUGCGAACUAUGGAUGUUGUAGUGUGGAAUACUAUGAUUACUGGCUAUGCUCAAAAUGGUUAUGAAGAAGAAGCGAUUGAAUUAUUCCUUGAGAUAGAAAUUCGGGGGCUUACUCCGAAUUGUACUACAUUUUCGGCUGUUGUAGAUGCUUCAUCUGUUAUGCCUGAUGAGACACUUGGUAGAAAACUUCAUGCUAAAUCAUUGAAAUUUGGUAUAUUAUCUGAUGUUUACUUGGGUACUGCAAUUGUUGAUAUGUACUCCAAGUUUUUGAUCAUGACUGAUGCUAAAAAAGCUUUCUCUGAGAUGGAGAAAAAGAAUGUAAUAUCAUAUAAUGCGCUUAUUACUGGCUAUGGUUUGAUUGGUGAUCAUGAAAAUGCUGUUAAAAGUUAUACACUGCUGAGACUUCAGGGAAUGAAACCUGAUGCGUGCACCUUUAUUGGUCUUCUCACAUCUUGUUCUACAUCUUGUGCCUUUGUUGUGGGGGAACGAGUGCACUCAGAUUCAAUAAAGCUUGGCUUGGACCGAGAUGUUUUAGUUAGGAAUUCAAUUGUAAACUUUUAUUCGAAGUGUGGGCUUAUUAAUUCUGCAAUAAAAGCAUUUGAUUCUGCACAGGGGAGUGAAAUUGUUUCUUGGACAGCCAUUAUGUCAGGACUUGUCCAAAACAAUGAACACACCAAAGCUCUUGAGGUGUUCUGUGAAAUGCACAGGCUGUCGGAAAUGGCAGAUGAAUUUUCUUCCUCUAGUGCUAUCAAGGCAGUAGCUAAUCUGGCAGCUGUUGCACAAGGAAGGUACCUCCAUGGGUAUGUGCAGAAAGUGGGCCUGAGCCACCAUAUAUUUGUUGGAAGUGCACUGAUUGACAUGUACUCCAAAUGUGGAAUGGUGGAGGAUGCUCAUAAACUGUUCUCCGAGAUGCCUGAGAAAAAUGCUGUCUCUUGGAACUCAAUGAUAGCAGGUUUUGCUCAUAAUGGUUACUCUGAUAAAGCAUUACACCUGUUCCAUGAAAUGGUGAGGUGUAGGGUCUUGCCUACUUCAGGAACUUUUGUUGGAGUUCUCCUUGCUUGUUUUCAUGCAGGAUUAGUUCAAGAAGGUAGACGCUAUCUCCAACUAAUGGAAAGCCACUAUGGUGUUUCACCUUCUGUAGAACACUACUCCUGUAUGGUGAAUCUCCUAGGUCAUACUGGUUAUGUUAAGGAGGCGGAAGAGUUUCUUCUUAGUUCACCCUUUAAAGGGGACUAUGAAAUGUGGAAGUCUCUCCUCUCUUCUUGUGAAGCGCACAGAGAUUUUGAUGUUGCUGCUCGAGUUGCAGAGUAUUGUUUGCACUUAAAAUCCAAUGACUCCUCAACUUAUACUAUUCUCUCCAACAUAUAUGCCACUAAGCAGUUGUGGUCAGAAGUUGAAAGAACAAGAGAUUCCAUGAAGGUGGCAGAUGUUGUGAAGGAACCUGGGUAUAGUUGGAUUUAAGUGACAGGUGCUGUGGUUUAUUGUGAUUGGGCGACUAAAUGCAUUCUCCUUUGUCUCCUGGAGUCCCACUGAGCUUUCCAAGACGUUUAAGGAUCGAGGCAAUCAACUUCCUUUGCUUCUGCAGGAAUUGUGGUUCAAAUGAUUUACUUCAUUUUCAGGGUGCAGCAAACGACAGUGAGUUUAAUGACCCAUUCGCAUUUCGCUACAUCUGAAUAUGCAAUUAAUUUCUGAAGCCAUGUAGUCUGAGAGAAAGUUGAAAAGUAGAACAUGUCUCCUAGGAUGUAAUUCAUGAGGCAUUCAUGGGAGGAAGACUAUGAAAUUCAACAACAAUUGGAGAGUAUAGACAGGAUACUCACUGCAAAACUGGUCCGUUCCUUCAGGUAUUGUAGUUGUGCUAUUGUUUGUGAAAGAUGCAUGAGAAGACUUCCACAAAAACACAUGACCAUCUGUUAAUUGUUUGGAUUUGGACUACUGCUUGUGGGAAAUGUACUUCAUACUAAAACAAGAAGCCAUUGAUCAUUUCUGGACAUCACAAAAACACAUGACCAUCUGCCAUUAUUAGACUUGACUUGCUUAUUAAGGGCUUCUAUCUGGACAUCUGAAGCCAUUGAUCAUUUCUGGACUAUGGAGCAUGAUGCCAGAUUGCCAGGCUACCAGCACUCAGUUAUUAUGAUUGGUAAUUUUCUCCAGUCUUCUCCCGCUCAUUUGGGAUCAGCCUUUCAUGACCUUUCUCUCAGCUCGCAACAUCCUUUGAGUUAUAAUUUAUUGAAUAUUAGCACAACUAUCAACUCUCCAUCUGAUGUUUCUAUAACUAUGGAUGGUCUAAGCAACAUACUGGCAGAUAGGUUUGCUUGAAUUUUGCUAGAUUGUAUAAAUAGUGAUUUGAUUGGAGAAAAAAAAUGAAUUUUGGAGUAAAUAACAAUCAUUAGAUGCUUAUAUAUCUGUUAUCUUUUCAAGUUGUAAAGAUGAAUUACUUAGGAUAGUAUUAUUGGGAAACUUACCUAGUAAAAUGGAUUAAUACGGGUUUCUUCUCUACAUCUUCAAUUGAUUUCUUAAUGUUUAAUGCCAAUUUGUUUCGUAAAUAGAUUAUGGUCUAGAGCAUAAUGCAUUGCAUAUGUAAUAUGCCCAAAGAGAGUACAAUUUGCAAGACAUAAAUUUUUUUCCUGAACCCAUUCUAGAAUUUCUGGAUAAAUGUAAACAUCUAAACAUCACUAUACAUGUAGCUUUUAGUAUACUAUAUUCCAUUGCUGAGAAUAGUCUUUUUCAGGCAACUGAAGAAUGUAUAUACUAUAAUCUAACCUUCAUAUCUAUUGAAGUCUCAGCUACAGAUAGUUGCGUCCUCAAUUUAGCCUUUUCAUUGAAUUGUUCUGUACUACAUGUUUACAUAUACCUCAUGAAGGCUACGAGGAUGGGCCUAGCACCAUACUGUCAUCUCUGCAGGUCACUGGUUAUGCAAGUUCAUCUGUAGCUGGCUGUUUGGCAUUUGGCUAAUGCAAGAGUGAUAACCAACAAUCAAACUCCUUUGUUCUCCCAGCAAUGAGGUAAAUUGAGAAGUUACAAACUCCAAUAUAUGGUAGCAGCAACAUGAUAGAGAGGAGUGAGAAGGGAUAGGAGUGAGUUUCAGGCCAGAAAACUUUAUCCCAGGUGCCGUUAUUGGUUUCAUUUUCAGGUUUCUUCUUGAUAUAGCUAAACCCACCAAAAACCCACCUAAAUCUUUACACCAAACCAAGAAUUCCUUAACUUCAGCCAACCAAGAUGAAGUAUUUAAGAUGGUACUUUCCAGAAUAAUUUUAAUUUCUUGAUAAAAUGAAAUUGUGAAUUGUGAUUGUUAUGCUAUAUCCUAGUGUGAGUUGUAGAGGUAUUUCAGUAUUCGGCUUCGGGUUGGGUUAUCGUGUCAUGUAGUUUUUUGCCAGCUCUUAUAACGUAGUAGGAUAAAAUGUUGGUUUGUGUUAUCAUUUAGUAUGCCUUUUUGGGUCCUUUAUUAUGUUUACAAAUUAUGAAGUUUUUCUAUUUAGCCAUUUUGGGGUUAUAAAAUUGUGAUUGAAGAGAAUUUGGCCAAGUUUAGCAGAAAGGAUAGUGCUUGAAGUGUACUGUGUACCUGAAUAGGGGUUUAAAGGUUGUGUGUUAAAAAUUCAUGAAUUAUUCAACAGAUUUUCCUGAGUAGAUGGGAGGUGAAUUCAGGAAGAGUGUCAUGGACUUUAGUUAGAAUUCAGAACUCGAUUAGAACAUUCAGCUUACUAUGGAGGUAAAUUUAUGUUGUGUUUAUGUGCAAUUUUCCUUUGUUAAAGGCGAGUCAUAGAAUGGGUUUUGCAAUAUGCAUCUGCGUAUCCCUUAGAGGCUAUGUGUAACCUUCAAACAUAUUUUCUAAUCUGAAAUGUUAAUUUCAGAGUUUAUGACAAAAUUAUGUGUAAUUUAGUGAAAACAAAUGCUUAGUAUUUUUAAUAAUAGCUUCUUAUACAUAUCACUUAAGGCUAUGCUAACACUGCUUUUAAAAAUUAUGACUUGUUUUGUCGGGAAAUGGAGGACAAACUAUCCUGCAGCUUGGAAGAUUGGGCAAGUCAAAAGUUUGUGCUUGAUUAUAGGCAUCUUCUGACCCUGGAUACCGAGCAUUCUGCAUCUGUUUGGCUUUGAUCGAUUCAAAACUUUGCUGCACACUUGCAUAGUAUGAAAGGCUUCUUCAUCUGUUGUUUCCUACAUUUUGGGGCUUGCCUGCAAAUAUGUAAUUUUGAGAAGUUAGUGUAUUAUCUGUUCAAAUCCCUUGCAGAAGCUUGUUUUUGCUGUUAUUCUGUUAACCAUGUUCAUCUAAAGCUAAAUCCUUGCCUUUCAUCAACUCUAUCAUAUUGCCUUAAGUCCGUGUAUUAUCUGUAUCCUAUUGCCUUAAAUUACUGUACUAAGCGUCUAAGCUUAGUGGAAAAUAGUUUCCCUUAUGGUGUUUAUAAUGGAAAUCAAAAUCUAAACUGAAAUUCUAUACAUUUAUUUUUAAAUCUGAACUCUUU